AUGCCUUCAUCGUUUUCAAAAUCAAACCGUACUCUUGCUGCAGUAGCUGCUGGUGCUGCCGUUGUUACAUAUGCUGGUAAUAAAGUAUAUAAAGCACGUACUGCAAAUAAAUAUGAUGAUGGAAUCGAUGUUAAUAAUCAAUCCGUUGAAAUUGAUCCUGUUGAGCAUAUUCGUCGUUGUACUUUUUAUAAAGAUGUUGAUAUUUAUUCAUAUUAUAAAACAAUUUACCCGAAUAUAAAAACAUUAGGUGAUGUUAUUCCUCAUGGUUAUACACUUUCUAAUAAUGGACCAUGUGUUACAAAUAUUGAUCUAUCCAAUAAACAAAAUCCACUCAAUUGGAUUUCUUAUUCACAGGCAUUAGAAAAAAUACGUUAUAUUGGUUCACAUUUAUGGACAAAUGUUAAACUAAUACCUAAUGAAUCCAAAGUAGCUAUUAUAUCACCAAAUCGAGCUGAAUAUACUUUUGUUGAACAUGCUUGUUACAUGUAUGGUUUUAUUGUUGUUGCUCUUUAUACAAGUUAUGAUUCUGCAACUGUUCUAUCAUUAUUAGAUAGAACAGAUACUGAUGUACUUGUUGUUGAUAAUAUUGCUCGUAUUCAACCAUAUAAAGAAAAAAUUCUACAAAAUACACGUAUUAAACAAAUUCUUAUUAUGGAUGAUGAAGUAACAAAUCCUAAAAAUGAAAAAAUUAAAAGUAUUCCUGCUAUUUUAAAAACUAUGCAACAAGCAGAUGUUCGUCCAUUACCAAAAAUAGAUCCAGAUGAUACUGCUGCAUUUAUUUUAACUAGUGGAACAACAGGUGAACCAAAACUUGCAAUGUUAUCACAUACAAAUAUUCUUGCUUCAAUGAAAGGUGUUACUGAUCGACGACAACGUGCAAAUCUUCUUCCUCAUGCUGAUCAUCUACAUGUUUCAUAUUUACCAUUAGCACAUUUAUAUGAACGACUAAUAUUAAUUCUUAACUUUAUUCAUGGUUCUCAAGUUGCUUAUUGUCCAACACCAGAAAAAGUUUUUGAAUGUUAUCAACUUGCAAAACCAACAGGUGCUUCAAUGGUACCAAGAAUCUUAAAUAAAGCUUAUGAUACAAUAAUGACUGAAGUUAAUAAAAGUAAAAUAAAACGAUUUCUUAUAUCACAAGCAUUACAUAAUGAAAAACCAUCAUUAUAUUCUCGUUUUAUUUUUCGUAAAAUAAAAAAUUUAUUUGGUGGAAGACUUGAGGUUAUGGUAACUGGUUCGGCGCCAAUAACACAUGAAGUUUUACAUUUUUUUCGUAUAGCACUUGAUAUACCAAUUAUAGAAGCUUAUGGUCAAACAGAAUCAACUGGAUCUGCAACAAGUACACAUGGUAUAGAUUUAGCUUGUGGAAUGGUUGGUUCACCUGUUGCUGCUGUAGAACUUAAACUUAUUGAUGUACCUGGUACAAAUUAUCGUAGUGAUAAUAAUCAAGGAGAAGUUUGUAUUCGAGGACCUGUUGUUUUCAAAGGUUAUUAUGGUGAUGAAAAGAAAACACGUGAAACAAUUGAUGAAGGUGGUUGGCUUCAUACAGGUGAUGUUGGUGAAUGGACAAGUACUGGAACAUUACGUAUUAUUGAUCGUACAAAACAUAUAUUUAAAUUAAAUCAAGGUGAAUAUAUUGCACCUGAACGUCUUGAAGAUGUUUAUCUUCGUUCACGAUGGGUUAAUCAAAUAUUUGUUGAUGGAAUACCUACUGAAUCAACUGUUGUCGCUAUUGUUGUACCUGAUGAAGAAUAUGUUCGACAAAAUUUUAAAACAACAGCAACAUCUUUUGAAGAUAUAUGUAAAGAUGAAAAAUUAAAUGAAAUUAUUUUGAAUGAUUUAAAAAGAUUAGCAAGAGAAUAUAAAUUUAAAUAUUAUGAAACUAUUUCUAAUAUACAUCUACAUUCCGAAUUAUUUUCACAAGAGAAUGGUCUUGUUACAUCUACAUUAAAAACUCGACGAACAGCAGUUCGACAAUAUUUUCAAGAUAAAAUUCAAUCACUUUAUGAAGGAAUUGAAAAAUUAAUGAAACCAAUUACUGAACUGCAAUCAAAACUAUAA